UACCUUAACAGAGGGCGCAACCCACUCAUCACCAUCAUCAUGUCAGAAAGAUACAGCUUCUCUUUAACCACAUUUAGUCCAUCAGGCAAGCUUGUUCAAAUUGAGUAUGCAUUGGCAGCAGUAGCAGCUGGUGCACCAUCAGUUGGAAUUAAAGCUUCCAAUGGGGUCGUUAUCGCUACAGAGAAGAAACAGAAAAACAUUUUAUAUGAUGAGCACAGUAUCCAUAAAGUGCAGCCUAUCACAAAACACAUAGGCGUGGUGUACAGUGGCAUGGGAGUUCCUCGAACGCAGCAGGGACACAAUGAAACGGGGAGGAGUUCUGAACGCACCAAUGACACAAUGCAGGACGGGGAGGAGUUCCUGAACCGCAGGGCCGCAGGACACAAUGAGACGAGCGAGGAGAUUCCCGUGAACGGCAACCACAGGACACAAUGA